AUGGAUGCCUCUCCCCAACCCCACUUCAUCCCCCAUUAUUACUUCUUCCGCCAACAACUCAUCUGCCCAUCUGCAUUUUCCUUCAAGAGCUGCUGCUGCUUCCUUCUCGUCAUCCUCCUCUUUGCGCUCACCGUGGUUGGCGCCGCUGCGCUCGCGGUCAUAUUCAUCUUGAAGCCCAGGGAGCCCCUCUUCUCCCUGCAGAAGCUAAUGGUGGAUUCGUACGAGCUCGAGGCCUACGAUUCUGGUUCGACGCUUUAUGUUUCGUCUGUUGUUUCUCUGAGCUUGAAUGCAGAGAAUCCAAACAAGGUUGGGAUCAAGUAUAGGCCAACGAGGCUGAUGAUUUUGUACGGAGGGUUUCCUAUGGGUGUGAUCCGAGUGCCGGGGUUCUACCAGCCUGCUCACAGCGCCAAUGUCAGCGUGCAGGCUAGGGUUUUGAUGCAGUGCGUGAAUGCUAGCCAACUCCUCAGCGGGGUUGAUUUGUUGCAUGGCCAUUCAAGGAGAAGCAAUGAUCAGAUUAGAGUUUUGGGUGAUAUUACCGUUCAUGUUCGAGUAUUCCGGAUCACCCUCCCAAAGAUAAAGAUUGCCUUGGAUUGUGACAUAAAUGUUGACUAUAAAGAGUUUAGUUUAAUUACGGAAGCUUACGAGAGUAUGAAAGUUAUUCAAAAUCAUAUGGCUUCUUUUCCUGCCAACUUCCAAACAUUUUCUAAAAAGUGCUCGUUUGCUUUGUAUAUAUGAAAUUUUAUACAAAUAUACUUGACGGUACAUUAUUUUUUUUGUGCA